AUGAAUUUGCUUUUUAUUUUAUUUUUAUUUAUAUUUUUGAAUGAGGUUUUGUUGUCAGAUUCUGUUAAUCUUGCCCAGAGAAAGUCCAAAUGGAAGACCGUGUUUAGCAACAAAACAUGCUCUACCGGAACUUUCCCAUGCCCCGAAAUUUUGAAUUUGUUGAAGAAAGUAAAUAAAUGUAAUGGGUAAGUAUUGCCGUUUUGGAUGAAUUAAAAGUGAUCAGACGGGUCAUUUGGAAUAUUAUCAAGUAUAAAAUUGAGCUGGAACAGUCGGAGGCGUUUGAAUUCAGAACUAGAAAAAGAGGCAA